ACGCUGCAGGCAGGCUCGUGCUCUUUGAGCUUAUUUAUGGUUUUCAUGCCAUUGUAGGGCACUUGGGGGCAGAGAUGGGUGAACAAGCAGCAGCAGCUCUGAUUACACCAUCCAUGCUGGAAGAGGAGGAGCAGCUGGAGGCAGCAGGGAUGGAGAAGGAGAGGGAGAUGCUGGAAAAGGCUCGCAUGUCCUGGGACAGAGACUCCAGUGAAAUGCGCUACAAGAGACUUCAACACUUGCUUGAAAAAAGCAACAUAUAUUCAAAAUUCUUGCUGACCAAAAUGGAACAGCAGCAACUGGAGGAGCAGAAAAGGAAAGAGAAAUUAGAAAAAAAGAAAGAAAUGUUAUUAAAAGCGGCAACGAGUCAGAAUCUAACUGAUGAAAAAGAGGAGAAAUCUGCUGUGAAGAAAAAAAGAGGAAGAGAAGAUGAAACCUAUUACAUUUCAGAAGUCAUGUCCAAAGAGGAAAUCUUGUCAGUGGCCAAAAAAAGCAAAGUAGAAAAUCAGGAUGAAAGCUCUUCUAACAAACUGUGUGCAGAAGACCUACAGAAAAAUGGAGAUUCUAAUAGUGUCAUUAAAGAUAGGUUGUCGCAAGCUGUACGACAUAAUGCCAAGCACUUCCUUGAUCCAGUACGGAAAUUUAAUGGGCAGCCAAUACCCUUUCAACAGCCAAAGCUUUUUUCAGGAGGUGUUAUGAGGUGGUACCAAGUUGAAGGCAUGGAAUGGCUCAGGAUGCUUUGGGAAAAUGGCAUUAAUGGCAUUUUGGCUGAUGAAAUGGGACUGGGAAAGACAAUCCAAUGUAUUGCUACAAUAGCACUGAUGGUAGAGAGAGGAGUCCCUGGACCAUUCUUAGUAUGUGGUCCCUUGUCUACUCUUCCUAACUGGAUGUCCGAGUUCAAGAGAUUCACUCCAGAGAUUCCCAUAAUGCUGUAUCAUGGAGCCCAGCAGGAACGUCGUAAAUUGGUUCAAAAAAUUCACAGGCGAGAAGGUUCACUGCAAAUUCAUCCUGUGGUCAUUACCUCGUUUGAAAUAGCCAUGAGAGACAGAAAUGCCUUGCAGCAUUGCUUCUGGAAGUAUCUGAUAGUGGAUGAAGGACAUAGGAUUAAGAACAUGAACUGUCGUCUUAUCAGGGAAUUAAAACGGUUUAAUGCUGACAAUAAACUUCUGUUAACUGGUACUCCCUUACAAAACAACUUGGCUGAACUCUGGUCACUACUUAACUUCCUGCUGCCAGAUGUAUUUGAUGACUUGAAAAGCUUUGAGUCCUGGUUUGACAUUACAAGCAUUACAGAAAUUGCUGAAGAUAUUGUUGCUAAAGAAAGGGAGCAGAACAUCUUACACAUGUUGCACCAGAUUUUGACGCCUUUCUUAUUGAGAAGACUGAAAUCUGAUGUAGCUCUUGAGGUUCCUCCUAAACGAGAAGUUGUGGUGUAUGCACCACUGGCAAAGAAACAAGAAACCUUCUAUACUGCUAUUGUAAAUCGGACCAUUAAAAAGCUGCUCGGAAACAAUGAGGAAGAGGUAGUCGAGUUGAGUCCUACAGGACGACCAAAGCGUCGGAGUCGAAAAACGGUUGAUUACCGUGAUCUAGAUGGUGAUACACCUGAUGAGCUGGAAAAACUGAUCAGCAAAAUGCAAGAGGAAGUAGAAAAAAGGCCAGUGAUAGAAAUGACCAUUCCUACGGAUUCAGAAAUCAACCUUAAACUGCAGAAUAUUAUGAUGUUACUGAGAAAAUGUUGUAACCAUCCAUAUCUCAUUGAAUAUCCACUGGAUCCUGCCACACAGCAAUUUAAGGUUGAUGAAGAUCUAGUGAAGAAUUCAGGCAAAUUCCUACUUUUGGACCGGAUGCUGCCAGAACUGAAAAAGAGAGGUCACAAGGUGUUGCUAUUCUCACAAAUGACACUGAUGUUGGACAUUUUGAUGGAUUAUUGCUAUCUGCGGAAUUACAAAUUUAGUCGUUUGGAUGGAUCCAUGUCCUAUACAGAGAGAGAAGAAAAUAUGCAUAAAUUUAAUACAGAUCCUGAAGUUUUCAUAUUUUUAGUGAGUACACGGGCUGGAGGCCUGGGCAUUAAUUUGACUGCAGCAGACACUGUCAUCAUCUAUGAUAGUGACUGGAACCCCCAGUCUGACCUUCAGGCCCAAGACAGGUGUCACAGAAUUGGUCAGACAAAGCCAGUUGUUGUUUAUCGCCUCGUGACAGCAAAUACUGUUGACCAGAAGAUUGUGGAGAGAGCUGCUGCCAAAAGGAAGCUAGAGAAGUUGAUUAUUCAUAAAAAUCAGUUUAAAGGUGGUAAAUCUGGGUUAAUCCAAACAAAGGGCUGCUUGGAUCCUAAGGAAUUAAUGGAAUUACUGAAAUCCAGGGACUAUGAAAGAGAGGUUAAAGGAUCCAGAGAGAGAAUAAUCAGUGACAAAGAUCUAGAGUUACUGCUGGAUAGAAGUGAUCUUAUUGACCAAAUGAAAAAGUCUGAAUCAGUUGAAAAAGAAAAAGUGGGAGUGUUCAAGGUCCUAGAAGAUUCUGAAGACUCCAGUGCAGAAUGUGUAUUUUGAAGCGUGACUGGCUUCUAAAAGUACAGCCCAAACUUCUUGGGACUAACAGCAGACCUUGUAAGGCCAUCAUUUACAUAUAGUGACUCUUGAUUACGCUGAUUUUUUUUUUUUUUUUCAAAGCCUGGUUCAAAUCUUUUUUUACUUUUCAGUGAGUUGUAACACGUCAGGUAGCAUACUUCAUGUUGUAGCAUACCUAAAAAUUUCAUAUGUGUGAACCUCACAUGAAGAAUUACGAAAAUGAACAUGUUUCAGAUGUUUAGGUAGCUUGUGUGAUCCAGUGACACACUGCCAGGUUUGUACAAAAUCUUCCUGUGGAAGUCUUGCGAAUUUUUUUUUAUUUUUCUCUCGAAUGUGACCUAAUGUGUCAAUUAUGAUUUUAUUGGGAAAGGGAAGAGUGUCUAGUACAUUUGUUUACAAACAAUCGUGUAACUUCAGUUUUAAAUUUUGCAAAAUAUUUUGCUAAUAAAUUUGUCCAUUUUGUCAUGUAA